GAAAGUUGGCUGUAACUCCGCCCUCGUGGUCGCGUCACUGCCGCUCACACCCAUCUCGAUUGGUUAUUGUGGAUUUGUGUUGCAGAGGUGCAGCCCAUGACAACCUCUCAAAUAGGUCUUAUAUGUUAUUUUCAUGAAUGAGCUGAUAAAAGUAUUAUGAGCGGACUUUGUUGAGCGGUGGGUGUCUCGGUGUUGUUUUCCGCGCGGAGUCGGCGGAGAGCAUCGAGCGCUCCCUUUCCGUCCGCCUGCUUCAUGUGACACCGAUCCGUCACCGCGGCUGACAAGGAGCCGCCAAACUGGAACAGUCCUGGGAUUAUUAUUCAUUUGGUAACAUGUCUCUGUACCGAAAUGCCGUCUGGUUUUUGAACGGAAUCCACCAAUAUACCAGAAAAGGAUAUGAGGCGGCCUUUAGAGACUUUGAGCCCCAAGACCUGGACGUGUCCGUGGUCGGAAGGUCUUUUAUGAUCACCGGGGCCAACAGUGGAAUUGGCCGGGCAACAGCCAUGGCUAUAGCCAAGAAAGGUGGGACCGUCCACAUGGUUUGUAGGAACAAAGAUAAAGCAGAAGAGGCCAAGUUGGACAUUGUCAGUGAGACAGGCAACCCGGAGGUGCACGUCCACAUUGUGGACCUGUCAGAGACACAGAAGGUCUGGGAGUUCGCCGAGGCCUUCAAGACGGAGUAUCCAGCCUUGAACGUGUUGAUCAAUAACGCAGGCUGCAUGGUGAACAAGAGGGAGCUGAAUGCUGACGGCCUGGAGAAGAACUUUGCCACCAACACUCUGGGGGUGUACAUCCUCACGGAGACUCUCAUACCACUUCUACAGAUGAGCCGGGACCCAAGGGUGAUCACUGUGUCCUCAGGAGGCAUGCUGGUCCAGAAACUCCGAGUCGAUGACUUGCAGUCAGAGAAGGGCGACUUUGAUGGCGUCAUGGUGUACGCCCAGAACAAGAGACAGCAGGUGGUGCUGACACAGCAGUGGGCCAAAGCCAACCUAGGCGUUCAAUUUUCUUCAAUGCAUCCUGGGUGGGCAGACACUCCAGCUGUUUCCACAUCAAUGCCUCAGUUCCACCAGAUGAUGGGAGACAGGCUGCGCAGCGUGGAGCAGGGAGCCGACACCGUUGUGUGGUUGGCGCUGUCCAAAGCUGCGGGCAGAAUGCGCAGCGGACAGUUCUUUCAAGAUCGUACGCCUGUUCCAGCCCACCUGCCUCUGGCCUGGACUCAGAGUUCUGCUGAAGAAGUUCAGGGUUUCAUGACUCAGCUGGAGACUUUGGCCCGAACUUACACUCAAAACGUGGUGUCUCAAUAGUCUGAUACACCAGGUGAAGUGACCCAAUAAAGCAUUCGAUGCAGCAAGAUCAAUUUCACAAAUAAAAUUGUAUGUCUUUUUUGCCUCUUGAAGGCGGCAUGCUGCAUGCUGAUUGCACACUGCCAUAUGUUUAGGAGCGCGUCUUGGAGGUAGCAGAGCGAUCUGUGAUGUCAUCAGUAAGUGUCACAAACUAAUGGUCUGAAGACAGAACUAGUUUUUACUGUUAUUUAGAUGAAGCAAGAACUGCUGGUUUAUGUGCUCAGUAUGAUAUUCCCCGCUCCGCUCCCCACACCUUUGAAACGGUUACUCAUUGAAAAGUCCAAUAGAUGUAAUUUCCCACAUUAGUCAUCUGCUCCCAUGCAAGU